CUUUCACUCCCUCUUCCUCUUAUGCCCCAUUCCCAGUCUCUCUCUCUAUUUCUGUUUUUUUCUCUUCUCAUCUCUCUCUGUCCUUUUUCCUCUCUCACUUUGCCUCCCUCUUUCUUAUACUCCUUCUCCCUCUUUCUCCUUUAACAUCUCCCUCUCUCUUUUUCUCUCCCUUUCUCUCGCCCCCUCUUCCUUUUCUUUUUUUUUUCUUUUUUCUCAUUAUGAAUAUACAUCUCUCACUCCCCAAACAUGGUCUGUCACUCCUACACACACACUCGCUCUCACAUACGCAUUCGCUCACGCACACACACAUCAUCGCUCACAAAAACACACUAGCUCACACACACUCGCGCUCAUGCACAUGUAUGUCCUCACCCAAUCCUGAAUUCCCCAUGUAAUUGUCCUACCUUGAAGACUUCAGACUCAAGGCACGCCAUCUCGAAGACAACAACGACGACAAUCGAUAAUUUGAGUUCACUCUCUUCGCAAGCCCACCUCUCUCUCUCUCUUUCUCUCCACCAACUUCUCCUCCCUCUCUUCUUCUCUUCCUCCCUGGCCUCAUCUCUCUUCCGCUCUCUAUCUCUCUCCCUCCUCACCGUUAUGUCAGUCUCAUCUCUCUGCUCACACGACAAAAGGGGCCAGAGAAAACCAGUGACACUCGGGCUGUCAGUGAUCUAGUGACAUGACAAUUUAGUUGCCUGACUAAGACAGAGACCGAGAGACAAUACAAGGACAGAAAGACGCCAAAAGGGAAGAAGAAACCCAAUGCUUUCAAUGAAAUGAAGGCCGAUGCUUUGGGUGUUCCGCUAUGCUAAAACUUUAUCGCCUAUGAGCCAAUGUUUCAUUUUGUGUACAGCUAUUAGCUGCAGUUUUGUGCGUGUGACAUUGUGACAGUUGAUGGUGUAGAUGUGACAGUGACACUGCUUGAUAUCACAUGAUUGUCAGGACACAUUUCAUAUACACUUUAAUCUAAAAGAUCCUUGUUACAUUGUUCCAGGUAAUCUUUGGCAAUAUUCUUUUGAAGUUAUGGCUGGGGACUGUGUCACCGGGACUGAGUGUACAGCUAACAGCAAUACAACAGCAGCUGCUACCAGCACAGAUGGGCUGCCGUACUUAAUUCUGAUCAUCACUCUGGUCCUGUGCUCUAUCCUUCUGGCGACAAUUGCACUGAUCAUCAUAGUCGUAGUUACCAGAUACAGGAGAAAGAGACUGGACUCUAUAGAAGAGACAGCAAUCAGCUAUGAUGAUCUGGCGAAACCUGGACUGACCGCGAUGGAGGUCCAGCCAGAUAUGAGGACACUGGAACCACGCGGUGACCCAAGGGCGUACAUGCCCUACGCACCCCUCCCGGCAAGACGAUUCGGCCCACAGAACCAGUUUGACGACAAGCGGCGGCUCAUCCCUGUACCGGAAGAGGAAGGCAGCGCUGACGAAGGGAGACAAUCUCAGGAGGACCUCUUCAACUUCCCUUCCUUCGACUACGGCAGCGGUGGCAACUUGGCGGACAACGGCUUGGGGGACGGUAACCUCGGCGACGCCGAUGGCGAAGGGGAGUGCGACGGAGACUCGGAGCAGGCGCUGGCUUCAGCGUCCUCUCUACGCCACAUGCGCCAGCCUGGGUACAUGAAAGGGAAACAGAGGAGCCACUCCAAUUCGGGAACCUGAAGGCGGCGUCGAAGCAUAUGAUUGCAGAAAACAAAAACAACAAUAUUCAGAAAACUCUCUACCACAUUAUCCCGUUGUUUCUCUGUAUUAUAUAAAUAAAAAUACGACAUGUGUGUGUGUAUGCGUGUGUGUGCAUGUAAGCCGAAACAUCAACCAAAUCACAUCCUCUUCCCAAAUUGAUAUUUCCUAUUAUUAUACAUAUACGUUUUUAAACACUUGAACUUUGAUGACCGAAAGUAGCCCGCGUGCCAUAGUUUGUAAACCACUGCCCCAAACCAAAGUCAAGAGUAAUUUGUAAAUAAUUGAAUUAUGAUAUCUACAGGAAUCAACUUUUUAAAAAUAUUUAUUAACGAUUUGUCUGGCAUAAUAUUUAAAUCGAGAUCUUGUUUUAACCCAUUCUAUGUGAGUGUAGAGCUAUGUACGGAUACAGUUUAUGAUAUAGAUAAUUCUACCGUAACUCUGAUAGAUCUAGAUACACGCGUUGGACGUAAUCAUCUUCUUCUGUAAAGUCUGUAUUUUAUAAGAUAAGAUUUAUAAGAUAGUAUUGUUCUGAGGGACCACAGUCAGAGAUGAGAUGAUGUACAGCCGUGUUUCCCAAACUGGGGCACGCGUACCCCCAGGGGUACGGGAAGACUUUUGAGAGGGGUACGCGUUGCACCUUAUUAACUAUGCUGAUUUUUUUAAAAUAUUCAUUUAUCAUCGUUUGUCAAUUAAUAAAAUGGGGUGGGAGGGUGCAAAGGGUAUUCAGCAUUACAAAAAUUAUUAAAAAGGUACACAUUGGUCAAAAGUUUGGAAAACAAUGGUGUAAAACCUUUUUUUUGUUACAAAUAAGUUUGUUCGCUUGUUAUUGAGAUCGUCUGUUCAACUGUUACCAAAUCCCACGAGUAACUUCCCUUAUCCACUUCUGUACGUAUUGUUAAUGUAUUGAUAUGUUUGUUUUUUCCCGCCCUUUUUGUUUCUGGGUCGCUCACCAAUAGCUAUCUCAUGACACCACAAAUACUUUUUCAGAGGAUGGAAUACUUUAUUGGAUUUGUUAUUGUUUGAAUCGCAUGCCAUUGACAAGUUAUAUUAAGAUGGCUGGUGUAAUUAUAUUCUUUUCUUUUCUUUUUGUACCUCAAUUUUUUUCUCCUUUAUUCUCUCUCUCUCUCUCUUUUCUUCCUCUCUUCUUCUCUUUUUUAAUCUUUUUUCUCUUUCUCUCAAUUCCCCCCCCUCUCUCUCUCUCUUUCACUUUCUCACUCUUUCGCAUUUAAUCUCUUUUGCUCUUCUUACCCCUCUAUUAUCCCUCUUACACUCAUUCUUGCUUUCUCUCUUUUAGCUUUUUCUCUUACUCACUCUUUCUCUCUCUAUCUCACAAUUACAAAAAAUGUUUUUCGGGUCAAUGUAUUUUCAAGUAACCUCUAAAAUAUGUAUGUCCUAAAUGGGAAGAACCUAAAAAAAUAUUUUGGUUUAAAAUUCAUUUCAAUUAAUUCAAAUUAGGCUUCUAUAUUUUAUUCAAACAUUUGUGUAAAAAGAUUCCACAAUUCUUAGUGGUCAAGUGUAGAGCUUAAAGAUUCUUAAUUAUCAGCAGAUUUGUAAGUUUUUUAAUGUGAAUUAAAAGACUUGAAAGGACAGAUGCCUAAUUCAAUAUUAUAAGAAUAAAGUUUAGUUUCAAAGAUGCUUAUUAACUAUUUGGAGACCUUAUCGGUAGCCUGUGCACCAAAGACGCUUGCCUAAUUACUCGUUAAAAUGGUUCGCUUUGUAUAGUUAUUGUAGAGUCGAAAUAAACUAAUUUGUUUACAUUGAAAUGACCUCGUAAAACUUAUUGAAUGUUUAUCUAAGCUUAAGUCAAAACUUUAUUCAAAAUGAAUUUAGUGACUUUAUCUGCACAUGUAAUAGAAAUAAAUUAUAAAUUUAUGCUAUCUCAUAAACCACAUCUGAAAAGUUUAAAAGUCAAAGGGAGGACACCGAGACUAUUGGCAUGUUAAACAUUUUCAUUAUUUGUUCCCCUUUGAUAUUUUCACAACUAUUAUAUUAUGUAAUAUAUGUGAACAAAAGUAUUUUACAUAUUUUUCUAAUGUAUAAAAAAAAUGUAAGAUAUUUAUUGUUUGUCACCAUAGACAGAAACAUAUGCUUUACAGAUUUAAAAAUUUGGUAGUCCCUCAUUUAAAUAUUUAAAUAUUAAUAGUGAUUGAUAUUUGAUAGUGAAACACAGCACAACUGUUUAAAAUUAUUUAUAACAGAUAACAAUAACUACAUCAAUGUCAAUACAUAUUUUAAAUUUUAUUUUUUCUAAUGACCAAAGUCCGUCCAUACCGGAUGUAGACAAUGAGAAGCUUUUAAUUCUUAUCAAUAUUUUAAAUUUAAUUUAUGAGGAAAGCGUAAAAUAAAAUGACUGAACCUCAACAUCACAUCAAAUCUAUAUAUAUAAUUCUCUUCUUCCCUCAACAGUUUAAACGAGUAGUAAGGAGUAAAGGAAAGAUCACUCUGCGGAUAGUCCACUAGAAAACAAGAGAGGGGAGGGGGGAGAACACGUAGUCACAACAUAACAGGGCAGGACCGUUGCAAUAGCACUCUUUUUUUUUUAUUUAUUUCUACCUCACGUUAAAAAAAAGGGGGGGGGGAGUAAACUUCUUUGUAGUAACUAUCGAGGCGACAGAGCACGCUCAAGAGUUUGGACACAAUGGAAAGAUCACUCUUUUAUUUUUGCAACUCGGACGGAGGGAGUUAUGCUAGGUAAUUUAAGAGUGAACAAAAAAAAAAAAACAAUUUUCGUCUGUAUAUUUCAGGAGAUUGGUAUAAGUUUUCAAAAGAUUUUAAUAAUUUCCGGAUAUUUCCAGGACUUUUUCGUAUAUUUUGCAAUUUCGGGAGAUUUCCACGACCUCCUGUUAAAUCGACAGGAGGCCGCUGGAAAUCUGUUAUAAGUUAUAAAAUGGUUUAAUUUAAUAAUUUAUACAUCUAAAAUUAGCGCGGGUCCCAUAAAAGUGCUGGGCCCACUGCGGUCGCUUAGGUUGCAGUGGCCUAAGGUUGGCCAUGCAAAAUAGCAGCGUAUGCUAUCUCGCCGGUCGACUAGUAACAUCUUAAUUCUCUAGAUGAAAUCCUAUAGCGUUAUAAAAAUAUUGUGCGCUCGAUCGUUCAUUGUCGCGUAGUGCUAUUCAAGCAUUGAAAAUAUCAAGGGAUUACUUUUUGUUUUUAGGUCAGUCACUUUUAACUUUGAAUAGAAUAGAGUCUCAGUUUAGAUAUAAACGUGUCGUUCUAGUGGAAGCUAAUUUUCAUGACAUUAUCUCUUAAUAGCUUUCGAACUCUUGUUAUGUAGAAAUUGGGUGGGGGAACACGGAUUCUGAAAAGGGUUCUUACGACUUUCAUGGAAAUUUGACAGUUUAUGUGUAAAUUUAUUGGGCGGGGGGGGGGGAAGGAAUUAGUAGCUAAUUGGCCUCACAGUAAAGACUUUAGUUUGACCGUUAUAAUUUUUUUCAAAUUAUAAUCAUCUUAAAAUUACAUUUGGCUGAACAUUGCUCAGUGGGAAUUUCCGCAAUCACCUCAAAUGUUUCAUUGAUUUAAUAAAAAGUUAAAUGAAAAAAAAAAUAGGCUUGCGUUUUGAAUUCCGUCUUAUGUAGAAAUGAGCUGUUAAAGAACUUGAUUGGACUAGGUCACUGGAAAUACUUGUGUAAUAUUGAAGCAUUAUAAGAAAGACAUAUAAUGUGAAGUUAUAGGCCACUACCAGCUCCGAAAAUAAGGAAAAUAAUUUAUUUUUUUUAAAUGUUCGUCUCUUGUUUUUGCAUAAGCUAAAGCUAAAGUCAGUGAAGCUUCUGAAUGUCGAAAAUUUGCGAUUUGUUACAAAUUACAUAUGACUAGCUUUCUCUCUCUCUCUCUCUCUCUCUCUCUCUCCCCUCUCUCUCUCUCUCUCUAUUUGUCUAUAUAGGUCUAUGUUAUAUUAAUUUACAACUUUUUUUUUAAAGGAAAAGAAAGAUGCGAUAUUUGUAAAGUUUUAAUUCCUAAUUUCUCCUCUGUAUUUCAAAUGUUAUUUACAUUUCUGUCAUGUCAAAAGAAUUGAUGACACUAUUAUUGUCCUAUUGUACAUAAAUGACGUAGAUGUACUGAUGUAUUCAUCAAUUGAUGUCAUGUCAUUGUUUUUAUUGUUAUCGUAAUACAACACAGUGCCACUCCAUGUCGCCUAUGUCCCUGCACUGCUUUCGAAACACAAGAUGGCGUACAGCUGACAUCAUUUCCUCGACUCGCCUUCAAAAAGCUUCAGGCGCUUAAAACCAAAACCAAAAUUUAAAAA